AUGCAGCCGGUCAGUCCCUGUGCAGACAUCCAUGGGGAAAGACUUCCAAAGGGGCAGGCACUGGCAGCUUUGGGCAUUGAGAAGGAUCCCCUGCUCCUGUUGUACACCAUGAUUGACCGCCAUGACAAGGACUCUGAUUUUGCCCCUUUCUGGGCCUCCCUACCGGAAGUUUUCAUGACAGGCUUGAGUGCAACUGAGGAAGAAGUUUCCAUGCUAGAGGGGACGCCUGCUCACACCACCUUUGUUGAGGCACGGCAGCACAUCAGGGAGCAGUACAGGGCAGCACAGCCAGUGCUGCAAGCCCUGACGGCAGCAUACCCCGAUGACAUCACUCCUGAUCUGGUCACAGAGGACAAGUUCAUCUGGGCCUGCGAGCUCUGGUACAGCUAUGCAAUUGAGGUGGAGUAUGUUGAUGGGGCAGUGAGGCAGACUCUGGUGCCCAUUGCUCAUUUGUUAAACCACUCUCCAUGGCCUCACAUAGUGCGCUAUGGCCGCCUGGAUGCGGCAACAGAUUCUCUGCGACUGCGCGCAUUCAGGCACUGUGCUGCUGGGGAGCAGUGCUUUCUGUCGUACGGGCCCCUGCCCAACUUGAAGCUGCUGCUCUUCUACGGCUUCGCCCUCCCAGAUAACCCACAUGACACCGUGCCAAUCACCUUUGAGGCUGAAAAGAAUGAGGGUGAUGUGACAGACAUGCUUGAGGCGUGUCUGAAACCCCUCUUGGACUCAUAUCGUGGCGCCCUGCAGCAGUGUAGCAGCCACGCCUCGGCCCUCGAGGGAUUUGCUGGGGGAGUGCAUGUCUAUCUGAAGGGACAGUUGACUUCAGAGGAGGAUUUUGCAGAAGCUGUGUCGCGAGCAAACGUGAAAAUGCCAACCAUUGCCGUCUACAAAGAUGGCAAGAAGGUGGCCGAACAUGUAGCAUCAGAGACUGGUACAGGAUCAUUUCAGAAGGUCCAAGAUGAGAUUCCAGGCUUCGGAACUGAGGUCAAGGCACCUCUGAUUGAUGGCAUCAGAGUGGCCAUCAUUGGGACGGGAUGGGGCGUCAAGGUCCAGGUCCCACAGUUCAGAGCUGCCGGCCUCCGUAUUUUUGCAUUAUAUUCCAGGGAUCAGAAAAGGGCCAGCCAAAUAGCAGCAGAGAAUGGUAUCACGCAUGCCUUCAGCGACUAUGCAUCCCUCCUGUCAGUGGACACAGAGGCCAUCAAGGCAGGCAGGAAUGUGCUUGUCGACAAGCCCCUAUGUCUGAACGCUGAUGAGGGGGAGGAGAUACUCAAAGCCCAUCAGGAGCACCCAAAUCAGCUGGUCAUUGUGGACCACGAGCUGCGAUUCACGCCUGCCUUCCUCAGGGGGCGCGACCACCUUCGCAGAGGCAGCAUUGGUACUGUGCUCGUGGUGGAAGCGAAUGUGCUGUUCCCAGUGCCCACCGGCAAUUUCACCUGGUGGGCUGAUGCCAGCAUGGGCGGUGGUGUUUUGGGCGCCAUUGGCUCCCACAUCAUUGAUGCCUUGAGGUUUCUGCUAGAUGCGGAAAUCGAGGAAGUGUCGGCAAAUCUGAAAACGCUACUGAAAGAGCUGCCGGAUGAGGAGGGGAGGCCCAAGCAGGUGACCUCGGAUGACUACGCCUGCCUUCAGUUCAAGCUGGUCCCCCGGGCUUCUGUGCAGCGGGGCCCUGCAUGGGCCAGCGAGGACAGCCACAUCAGCGCUCAUGCCACGCUGGCAUCCCGAGGCAAGGCCCGGGUGGACAAUCAGCUCAUCUUCUCUGGCACCCAGGGCGGGGUGAUCAUCAGCAGUUCCAUGGGCAGCCUCAUCGUCACUGAUGAGGCGGGAAAGGUGAUUGAUUCAGUCAGAGGGCGAGGGAAUCCCUUUGCUACAACCGGCACUCGCGCGCUCGGGGAAGCUCUGCAGAAGGCUCUGGGCCCGGAGCAGGACAUGUCCGCCCUGGAGCCAGCUGCCAGGCUGGAAGAUGGCGUGGCGGUGCAGUAUGUGAUUGACGCCGCCAAAGCCUCCAGCCUCGAGGAUGGCAAGUGGAUCAGAGCCUGGAACAGCAACCUGGAGGACAGCUACUGA